AUGAAAGAUGCAGAGGAUAACCUCAAAGGAAAUGAAAACCAGGGAGUUCUCAUGAAAUAUGAAGAGGAUAACCUCAAAAGAAAUGAAACCCAGGGAGCUCUCAUGAAAAAUAUAGAGAAUGAUAUCAAAGGAGAUAAAAACCCGGGAGCUCUCAUGAAAGAUGUAGAGAUUAACCUCAAAGGCGACGAAAACCCGGGAGCUCUCAUGAAAAAUAUAGAGAAUGAUAUCAAAGGAGAUGAAAACCAGGGAGCUCUCAUGAAAGAUGUAGAGGAUGACAUCAAAGGUAAUAAUUACCAGGAAGGUUUCAUGAAAGAUGUCGAGAAUAACCUUAAAGGAGAUGAAUACCAAGGAGCUCUUACGAAAGAUAAAGAGAAUAAACUCAAAGGAGACGAAAACCUGGAAGCUCUUAUGAAAGAUGAAGAGAAUAACCUUAAAGGAGAGGGAUAUGAGGGAGAUGAAUACCAGGGAACUGUCAUGACAGACGUAGAUGAUAACCUCAAAGGAGAUGAAACCAAGGGUGCUCUCAUGAAAGAUGUAGAGAAUGAACUGAAAGGAAAUGAACUCCAGGGAACUGUCAAAAAAGAUGUAGAGAAUGAACUCAAAGGAGAUGAAACCCAGGGAGCUCUCGUGAAUGAUGUAGAGAAUGAACUGAAAGGAAAUGAACUCCAGGGAACUGUCAAAAAAGAUGUAGAGAAUGAACUCAAAGGAGAUGAAACCCACGGAGCUCCCAUGAAUGAUGUAGAGAAUGAACUGAAAGGAAAUGAACUCCAGGGAACUGUCAAAAAAGAUGUAGAGAAUGAACUCAAAGGAGAUGAAACCCAGGGAGCUCUCAUGAAUGAUGUAGAGAAUGAACUGAAAGGAAAUGAACUCCAGGGAACUGUCAAAAAAGAUGUAGAGAAUGAACUCAAAGGAGAUGAAACCCAGGGACCUCUCAUGAAUGACGUAGAGAAUGAACUGAAAGGAAAUGAACUCCAGGGAACUGUCAAAAAAGAUGUAGAGAAUGAACUCAAAGGAGAUGAAACCCAGGGACCUCUCAUGAAUGACGUAGAGAAUGAACUGAAAGGAAAUGAACUCCAGGGAACUGUCAAAAAAGAUGUAGAGAAUGAACUCAAAGGAGAUGAAACCCAGGGACCUCUCAUGAAUGAUGUAGAGAAUGAACUGAAAGGAAAUGAACUCCAGGGAACUGUCAAAAAAGAUGUAGAGAAUGAACUCAAAGGAGAUGAAACCCAGGGACCUCUCAUGAAAGACGAAAGGAAUAACCUUAAAGGAGAGGAAUACGAGGGAGGUAAAUACCAGGGAACUCUCAUGACAGAUGUAGAGGAUAACCUCAAAAGAAAUGAAAACCAGGGAGAUCUCAUGAAAGAUGAAGGGAAUAACCUCAAAGGAGAUGAAACACAUGGAGCUCUCAUGAAAGAUGUAGAUAAUGAACUCAAAGGAGAUGAAUACCAGGGAGAUCUCAUGAAAGAUGUAGAGAAUAAACUCAUAGGAGAUGAAACCCAGGGUGAUCUCAUGAAAGAUGCAGAGAAUGAACUAAAAGGAGAUGAAUACCAGGGAGAUCUCAUGAAAGAUGAAAGGAAUUACCUUAGAGGAGAGGAAUACGAGGGAGGUGAAUACCAGGGAACUCUCAUGACAGAUGUAGAGGAUAAUAUCACAGGAGAUAAAAACCCGGGAGAUCUCAUGAAAGAUGUAGAUAACGAACUCAAAGGAUAUGAAUACCAGGGAACUUUCAUGAAAGAUGUAGAGAAUGAACUCAAAGGAGAUGAAUACCAGGGAGAUCUCAUGAAAGAUGUAGAGAAUAAACAAAAAGGAGAUGAAUACCAGAGGGAUCUCAUGAAAGAUGUAGAGAAUAACCUAAAAAAAGAUGAAAACCAGGGAGCUCUCAUGAAAGAUGAAAGGAAUAAACUCAAAGGAGAUGAAUACCAGGGAGCCCCUAUGAAAGAUAAAGGAAAUAACCUUAAAGGAGAUGAAUAUCAGGGAGAUCUCAUGAAAGAUGAAGGAAAUAACCUUAAAGGAGAUGAAUACCAGGGAGCCCCGAUGAAAGAUGAAGGAAAUAAUCUCAAAGGAGAUGAAAACCAGAGAGCUCUCAUGAAAGAUAUAGAGGAUAAACUCAAAGGAGAUGAAUACAAGGGAGAUCUCAUGAAAGAUGUAGAGAAUAAACUCAAAGGAGAUGAAACCCAGGGAGAUCUCAUGAAAGAUGAAGGGAAUAAUCUCAAAGGAGAGGAAUACAAAGGAGCUCUCAUGAAAGAUAUUGAGGAUGAACUCAAAGGAAAUGAAAACCAGGGAGUUAUCAUGAAAGAUGAAGGAACUUACCUCAAAGGAGAUGAAUACCAAGGAGCUCUCAUGAAAGAUGUAGAUGAUAACCUCAAAGGAGAUGAAUACAAGGGAAAUCUCAUGAAAGAUGUAGAGAAUAAACUCAAAGGAGAUGAAACCCAGGGAGAUCUCAUGAAAGAUGAAGAGAAUAACCUCAAAGGAGAUGAAAACCAGAGAGCUCUCAUGAAAGAUGUAGAUGAUAACCUCAAAGGAGAUGAAAACAAGAGAGCUCUCAUGAAAGAUGCAGUGAAUGACAUCAAAGGAGACGAAACACAGGGAUCACUUAUGACAGAUGUAAUGAAUGACCUUAAAGGAGAUGAAUACGAGGGAGAAGAUGUAGAGGUUGACCUGGAGGGAGAUGCAUACAAGGGAACUCUUAUGAAAGAUAAAGAAAUAGUAACUACAGAGAUACACGACGAGAAAAUAGUAAAUAAUCCACUUAAGGAUGCUGUUGGGUAUAAGAUUCCAGUCCAGAAUUCUGAAGUGGAGAGGGUACUUGGAGAACAAGACGAUAACAACAAGAAAAGGAAGACAAAAAGAGAAAAAAAGAAGGAAGAGAAAAAGAGAGAAGAAAAAGCUAAAGAAGAUAAGAAGAUGAUUAAAAUGCAUUUCCAAACAGUUGAAAAGAUGUUAAAAAGACAUACCAAAGAUGUUAAGAUACAGUGUGAAAAAGAGCUCAAGAGGAGAAAACAAGUGACAAAGAUCGAGAGAAAACAGAAAAAGAAAUUAGAAAAAGAAAUGAAGAGAAAAGAAACAAAUAAGAAUAAAGAUGAAAUAAAGAAAAUCAUGAACCCCACAGAUACUGACAAAGAAGGACAAAAAGAGAAAAAGAUAAGAGAAACAAAAAAAGAGUUAAAGAAAACCAAAGAUAAGAAGGCGCACAACGAUAAAGAGAUAAACAAGGAACAAGAUAAACAAAUCGAAAUGGAAUUUGUCGAUAUCAAAAGGGAAAAUGAUAAUGAGGAAGUCAAUGAAAACAAAGCAGGAAAGAAGAAAAAAUUUGGAUCAAGAAUCCUUGCAUUCUUCAGAUCUCUGUCAUGGUUAAAAGGACAGAAAAACGAUGUUAUAAUUAAUUUUUAA